GUUAUCUUAAUCAAAAUUGUAUUAUUGACAAAAUAUUCCAAACCAACACACAAUGUUUGCAAGCAGCCGCUUACAAAUCACGUGAUAAAACGUUGACCCCACUUAGGAAACUCGAACUGUGAUUGGUUCAGAUGUGAAUAAAAUGAUCUUUGCGGCUGACAUGGAAUUCUCAAUAAGGGCACUCAAACAGAGAUAUCCCGCUGAUCAAGUUAUAAGAUACUGAGUCUCUUCGCUUGAACAUUCACCGAUUCAUGCUCUCUUAAAAACGUUCAAGUACUUCAAACGAUCAUUUCUUAUCAAAAUUUUACAACUUUACACGAUCGUAGUUGAAGGAUAGUUAGAGUACCAAGAGUAAGACAUCGCAAGGACGUCGUGUUACCUUAAGUAUGUUUGUUAAAUCUCGUUUUCUCGUGAAGAAAUGACACAUUGUUUAUUAAUAUUUCACACUGCCGCCUUACUGAGCUUCACUCGCAACUUUUGUACUUUACGCUGAGUGCGACUGUAUGUACAGGUAUGUUAUAUAUUCUCUCUGUUCUAGGGUGAUCAAAAUGAAUCAAUCUGACGCUGCCAGUACGCUGUAUGGUAGACAAACUUCAUGUGGUCAGAAUACAAUGUAUCCAACAUAUGACUUUCAACUGACAAAUAUGGAUAAUUGGAAUGGCAAGAUUGAGAAUCAAAUAUCGAAUCAUGGAGCCAGUCACUAUCAAGGCAGUAACGACAGCGUUACACAUUUCCUUAGAUCUGGUAUGACUGCGCAAGCAAACUCCGCGUACACGUCAAGCAACUACAGUAGCGUGCAUGCAUUUAAUUAUAACAAUAACAUGAACGAUAACUCAAGAUUUUAUCAUGUAAACGACGAACAUCUGUCGACGCAAGGAUGUAAUCAAGGCAGACAUAUUGAACGCAAUCCUAGUACGAAACUCUUCAAUCCUUUCUCUUUGAAUCCAGAAAUUUCGUCAGCCGCAUGGCCGGGUGAAGAACGUGGCAUGCCAAAUCAAGCACGACCUUAUAGCUAUACAGCGACAAACCCAGCUCUUACAAGAAGUAGUAGUUCUACUUUCCUUCAAGCGAAUGAAUUACGCGGCAAUACACAAGCGGGAAUAGAAACCACAACAAGACCGCGUGCCUUGUCCACCGUACGCUUAGCUGACAUACCAGCGCUAAACUUAAUAAAAAGUCCUAGUACUAACAAUAUACCAGUAUUUCGUUCCCCGUACGAGGACCCUACCCGGGAAUUCAGUGAAAACGCAAUCAUCCGCUCAAUGCAACCCACAACAAACCCUUACUCAGAUUAUUUCAAAAGCCAAAAACUAGCGGAGAAAAUCCCCCCACCAGUUGUAAAAGUUGAGGAAGGGUAUGAUAGACCUGUCCCAGCCAAACGAACACCUAUUUUAAAAUUGGAAAAAUCUUCCAAAGUAAACGAACAGAGGAAAGAUAAUCGUUAUGAUAACCCGUUCACAAAUGACAAUCCUUUUACUAACAACUGGAUUGUACAGAAAAGUGAGUCACAGCGUAUUAUGGAAGAACACAUAGCCAGUAUUACUGAAGCGAGAGAUUGGAUCUACCCCGCAGAUGUUUCUAAAAGUAAAGUUAGUGAAGGGGAGAGUGAACAAACUUAUAAAUGUGAUUGGACAAACUGUGGUUUGAUUUUUCCUGAACAAGAUGACUUGGUACGACAUAUUGAGAAAGUUCAUAUCGAUCAAAGAAAGGCAGAUGAUUCAUUUGUCUGCUACUGGGAGAACUGUGUUCGCAAGCAAAAACCUUUCAACGCAAGAUAUAAAUUGGUGAUUCAUAUGCGAGUCCACAGUGGAGAACGUCCAAACCGUUGCACGGUAGGUCGCACUAUGUUUUCAUCAAUAAUUAGUUGUAUUUCACCGGGCAAUGAUUCAUUAUAACACCUUGCUUUCUAAAUUAUACACCGCCAGAACUUGGCUUGAAAGGCAAACUGCGCGCUGGCAUGGGGCGUUCAGCGAGAAAAUAGCUGUGCUAUGCCAUGCUUCCCAGUAAUCUCAGAGAUUUCGUAAAUUAUAAUUACUCAGAAAGUGUCUUCACGUUUUAGCUAUUUAACAAAAUGUUUUUGUUAAUGCAUGUCAGAAAAAAUAAUUCAUUCAAGUAAUGAUUAGUAGACAGCUAUUUAGUCAUAAGUCAAUAUUUUUCAGCUCAGGCUGAGAUUAUUAUAAAAACUGAGUAGAAAUCUGCGCUGCCUCAUGUCGGAAAACCACAUGAUCCGAGCCAAGGGCCAAGGUGGGAACGGACUAAAAAGAAAGCCGCAUUUCUCGUUUGAAAAUGAAUAAAAUGAUAUUUCAAGUGAUCUAAUCAUUCAAUCUUUCUGGUUAAUUAAGGAUGAUGUUUUAAACAAUAGUUUUAGCAAUUUUCACACAAGCCUGCAAUUAGAAAUGCACACAUAACUAGUUAUUAUCUCGACUGGCCUUGCCAGAUCAUUACUCAUUAAAGAUUACUUUAAUCCCUCUGCUGCAUAUUUAUGCAAAUUUCCCUUGUUUGUUCAAAUUUUACAACAUUUCUUUGUUCAAAUCAUCACGAAAUAAAAUCUUACAGAAAUCUAAUUGUCCUUUUACAAACCAUAAGACACAGAGAUUAAACGUUUCUUCUGUAUAUACGUUUCAAAAACCAACUUGGAAGGGCGAAAUAAGUGAUUUUUGCAUACAGCUGAUAUUUCACGUUAGAGUUAUUUGCAAACAAUGUUAAACUUGAAUGUCAAGUGUUCAAUAUCUACCUGAGGGUAGAUCGAUUUCAUUAGGACAUUACUUGAGCUUGAGGGUUAAAAUUAUGUACAUUAUGAGCAACAAUCUUUUAGUUCUGUACAUAUUUCGUCAAGAAAACAAAGGAUAUGCUAUGGUUUUAUACAGAAAAAGUUCGUGGCGGCAUUUCUUUGCUAGCACUAAUGAUAUGUAGUGAUCACUCAUUUGUGUAACCAUAGUAAUAUCACGAAUAAUGAAUGAUUUAUUUUUGAACGACAUGAUAUCGAGAUGAUACUGUUCAACAUCAAAUAUCUAAUUUUAGUAUAUAUCAUUUCCUUCCUAAUUUUUGUAAGAAAAACAAAAUAAGCAUCCUGCACAAAUAGGAUUAAAAACGUUAGAUUGCUCAAAUCAAUCCUCAUCAUUUCAUACAGAACAUUAAUCCACGUUACCCUGGUUUUUUUCUGAAAAACCACAAGUAUUUUUGCCUCUAAGAUAUUGGGCGCGUUCCGAUCUAAUAGUCAUCUUAGAAAGUAUUGUGACAUUUUUCAAAAUGUCCAACUUUGAAUAUAGACUUUCAUAUCCAUGUUCCAAGUUUGGGUUUCAAAGUUUGGGUUUAAAGUAUAACGUUGUUAGCCUGUAAUAUGUUUACUAUAGGUUACUAUAGCUUACCAGACUUGACCAUAAAGUAUUUACUAAUUUUAAAUACAGUUGAUUGAUUGAUAGCAUCCAGAUAAAACCCACAGGCACAGCAAAAUUGUUUUCAACUAUUUUUUCUGGACAUCUGAUGUAUGUUGUAAUUCUUUGUGGUGGUAUACUGAGGCACUAAACUUCAAUUAAAAGCAAACUCCGAAUAAAAGUUCCAUCUUGAAAAUUAAGAUUUGAGAAAAAAGAAAAAUCGAAUUUGUAACAAAUUUAUGGCAACAAAUUUGAAAUAUUAUUUUGAAACUUUUCUCAGACUUUCAUUCGGACUCUGGUUGGUCCUGUGUAUUUUUUGUUAUCCACAGGCAAUACAUUUUGGACAACCUAAUAUAUGUUAUAAAUUUGUACAUCUUUGUGUUACUGCUUCUACUGUUACUUGUUACUGCUUCAGCCUUAGGUGAUUUAAAAACUCAUUUCCUUUCUUUUCUUGCAGUUUCUGGGAUGUAAUAAAGCGUUUUCAAGAUUGGAAAAUUUGAAAAUACAUCUUCGCUCUCACACUGGCGAGAAACCAUAUUUAUGUACAUAUCGUGGUUGUCCCAAGGCUUUCUCGAACUCGUCAGAUCGAGCUAAACAUCAGAGAACGCAUAUUGAUACGGUAAUUAUUCUCCAAUAAUGCAAUAUGGUCAUGGACUGCAGUUAAUCAUUACAACUUUUAAAAAUCUAGAUGAAGUUACUUCCGUGAAGUAAAUCUCAUUGAAUGAACUAGAAUGUAAAAUUAUGUUCAUAUGCAUGCAUGUCAGCUUUUAAGCCGUCCUCCACAUAUUGUUCUUUUCAAGACACUAGUUAGUAACAAAUUGUUCUAGUUGUAGAAUCAUUAGAUUACUAGCUUGUGCUCAAUUAUCAAUUUGUUGUAUUUUACAGAAACCGUACGCGUGUCAGUUUCCUGGCUGUCCUAAAAGAUACACGGACCCAAGUUCUUUAAGAAAACACGUCAAACAACAUAACGACAAGACAAGGCAACCUGGGAAAAGAGUAAGUAUUGAAAACAGCCAAUUAAGACUCUACACGUUUCACAUGGAAGCUAACUUAGAACACAAAGUCAGUUCUGUGAUCACCGACGUAUAGGAAUUUUGCAUAGGUAAAUUCUAAAUUUUGAAAGAUUUGUAAGAAAUGUUUGAGGGAACUAACUGACUCAGUGUUAACAACGAGUCAGUUCCUUCAAACAUUUCUUACAUGCAAAUCCUUCAAAACGUAGAAAUUUCUACUAUGAUCACAAAAUUUUUGAUAGUUUAAGCAAGUCUUUAUAUUAGGCCACAUAAGGAAUAGUUGGUGAUCAUCCCCGCCCGCCCAUAAAAAAAAGUCCGCCCAAGAAUUUUUUAUUUUUUGUUUAAAAAACAACUUGUCUCCGUUGAAAUUUAAAAUUAUCGUGUUUUUUUCUCUGUAAAUGACGCGUCACUUGACAUUUGUAGCAGUCCAUGCAGUCAAGAACUGAAAAGUACCAAAUCUUUAUAUAAAAAAACCACCCCAAAAAAACCGCCGUCCAUGGAUAUUGUUACAGGCCGGGAAAACGUUUCGUUCUUACAGGGAGGCAGGAAAAUCUGAUUAUCCUCUCAAUAUUAAACAAUAAAAUACAAUAUACUUUAUUGAACUCUCCCCAAAGAGGCUUUUCAUAGUCAAUUAUAUAAAAAAUUAUUGUAGAUUUAUGUUACUGAAUCCAGAAUCCUUAAUAUCUAAUGGAAUAGAUGUCAACGACUGUUACAAAUGUAUUUUUGAAGACAAUUACGUAAUUUAUAUUUAGAAAUAUGGAUUGAUAAACUAGAUUUUAUGUUCUUUGAUCAUUCCAUAGUCAGACAGCAUGAUGAUAAAAAAAAACACAUAAUGCAUUGGCCAGGAAUCGAACCUGUGCCUCCCGCAUGGCGCCAACGUGAGAAUUCUACCACUGAACCACCAAUUAAGCCUACAGUAAACCUCCGAAUAUAAGCCCCUCUGAAUAUAAGUCCAGGGCUGAUAUUCGGAGGUUUACGGUAUCUAACAAGACCGCCCCGAAAUAUUAUGAUUUUCACUCGGAACCAUUCUCGAAACAUUCAAACUAAACUUAUGUUUCCUUCCAGGGAGGCAGAAAAGGUCGAAGUAAAACUGCCAAGAACAAAAAAGAACUGUUGGCUGCAGGAGUGACAUUCCCUACUCCAAUGACGACAUUACCAGCAUUCCUAGAGAAUGGUUCACAUUUCAUGGACAGUACGCCAGAGCCAGCUGCCUAUGCAUUUGACUUUAAUAAUUUUCCUUCAGCUGACGCUAAUCCUUUGAAAUUUAAUGACGUCACUUCAAGUGAAAAUGAUUUAAUAAUACCAACAUUUGUUGACACUUUGAAACCAGUUAUAUCUAGCAAUUAGUCAUGGCAUAAUGAUAAUAAUAUAAAAAAUAGAAAAUAAGUGUAAAGUGACAAAUUAUUUUGAAAUAUGCACAGUAAGGGACAAUGUAUUUGGGGGGCUUAUACACAUUUUGUAACAUUUGUUGUGUUAACGUUUGUGACAUAUUGUUAGCAAGGUCUCUAGCAUAUGGUUGAGAAGUCUACGGGAACACUCUGUAUUGUGUUACAAUAUGUGAAUGGAUUACUAUAAUAGAUGACUAUAUACAACUUUGUAUUUAUUUCUUGACGUUUCUAAAUGUAAAUAUUUUCAACCACUCUAGCAGUGUCCUCAUUUGUAUUUACGCAUGCGCAGUUAGCAAUGUGGAGUGAUUGACGCUCAUUCAAACUCUUGGUUAGAAAGUCUUUAACCAUAACGGUAAUUGUAAAGAAAAACACCAUGUUUAUUCUGAACAGCUUUCAUCAAUGUUUCUUUAUCAUGUGCAAAAACAUUUGAGUAGCAUCUUGAUAAAUAUCAAGAAUUUUUGCACAUGGAAAUUUCGACUGAAAACUAUAUACUCUACACGUGACCGGAAGCAGUUGCGACAACCAUUGCCCCCCGGCUAGCCUGAGUACCAUAUUUUCCUUCCUUAAAGAAGGCCUUACAUAAAUCCUUGUCUAGUCACAUAAAAAAAGCCAAAAUCGGAUUUUCACCUUGAUAGGUCUCUCAGACAAUAAUUAGAAUAUACUAUUGUUCAUGAUAUAUUUGGUAGUUUUCACUAUAAUUAGAUUGCUGUUGUUAUUGUGUAAAAUUAACAUUUCCCCUG